AUAAGUAAACUUCCGGUCUAAAUGUUUUCAUUUUUUUCUUCGUCAUUGCAGUUAUCUUCUAGACUUAAAACAGCUUAGCAUUAGAUUCUAGGUCUAGAUCUAGAUCUAUACAGAAGGAAAGGAGCCAAAUCAACUGGCCUUAAGAUGUUUGGCUUUGGAAAUAACUUUCCAGACUUCACAGCAGGGAGGACAUUUCAAGAAACAUACAAAUGUUACAGUGUCACUAUGCUUGGAGACAGAGAAGAUGUGGAGAGAGGUGGAAAAAUUAUAAUGCCACCCUCUGCGCUUGAUAAACUGACUCGCCUAAACAUCCAGUAUCCGAUGUUAUUUAAACUUACAAACAAGAAAUCAAACACAUUUCGUGAAACACAUUGUGGUGUUCUUGAGUUUGUGGCUGAUGAGGGUCGGAUAUUCAUUCCAUAUUGGAUGAUGAGAAAUCUUUGUGUUGAUGAAGGAGAUUUCAUUCAGAUAGACAAUGUUUCCUUGUCUGUUGCUACAUAUGCAAAGUUUCAGCCUCAGAGUGUGGAUUUCCUUGACAUCACUAACCCCAAAGCUGUUCUUGAAAAUGCUCUCAGAAACUUUGCUUGCCUCACCCAGGGCGAUGUAAUAGCCAUAAAAUAUAAUGACAAGGAAUAUGAAUUAUGUGUGCUAGAAAGCCAACCCGGCAAGGCUGUGUCUAUUAUAGAGUGUGAUAUGCGGGUUGAUUUUGCACCACCAGUAGGCUACAAAGAACCAGAGUGGAAACCUAAAGUCCAGGACAGUUUAGAUGGUGUUGAUAUGGAGGCAGAUACAGCAGAUGAUAUUCAGUCCUUCAGGCCAUUUGCUGGUCAAGGGAACAGACUGGAUGGCAAGAAAAAAGGAACAGAAGCUUCAUCUAGCGGAUCUGCAUUAUGUGGGCCUCAAAGAAGGGGGAUUCCUAACUACAAUUUUAAACGUGGCACAAUAACUUUCAUAAGAUCUGUCCGUCCAGCAACAAAUGGAAAUUCAGAAGCAGAGGAGGAAAAAGCUUUUGAGGCUUUCUCAGGAGAGGGCAAAACCUUGAAGAAAAAAACAAGAACUUAAAAUUAAGUUUGACAUCUAUAAAUAUUUGUUUUAAUUUAUUGCUGCAUGAGAAAUUAAAUUUUGCUAUUACA